AGGUCGGGAGAUAUUCUUCAGUCUACGUCUAAGCUUAGCCGAGUAAAGGUCGCCUAAAAAAACAGCCAUUUAAAGAAAAUAUUUAAUUUUUUUUUUGACAGUAUAAAUUAUUAUCAGUUAUAAUUGUUUUAAAUUUUUACAACUUCAGUUUUUUUUUCACUUUUGCCGUUAAAACGCAAAUAUGAAAUCCUUCGCCAUAGUAUUAAUCGUCACGAUGAGCUUAUGCGGAUUUUUCACACACUCAGCCGAUAGUCUGUCGUGUUACCAAUGCAGUUGGACAGACACAACGUGCGCUACAGAGAAAACUGAUUCGAAAUUGAAGAAGGUCGAUUGUGCAGCUGUACCGGCGCCUGGAGGAUCAACCCCGGCACCUGGAGGAGCAUCAACCCCGGCACCCCCGGCACCUGGAGGAGCAUCAACCCCGGCACCCCCGGCACCUGGAGGAGCAUCAACCCCGGCACCUGGAGGAGCAUCAACCCCGGCACCCCCGGCACCUGGAGGAGCAUCAACCCCGGCACCCAAGCCACCCGGCUUAUCAGGGGUGCUCGGACCUGAACCGACCACGUUCAAGAACAAAAAACCAUUUCUCAGAAUGGCUGAUCCUGCUUACUAUUGUUUUAAGGUCAACGUAAAAGCAAAUUCAUCCGCCACACCCGCCGUAGAACGCGGCUGCAAGGCGACCAACAAGGUUGAUGACUGUGUGGUAAUCGAUAAAAAGGCUUAUGCCACAGCCGUUGCAGAGAACUGUGUAGUCUGUAGCAAGGACAACUGUAAUGGAAAUGGUCAGUCUAUGGUCACCGGGUCUGCGGUGCAGUGCGCCCUCAUAUCCUCCCUGGUGAUUGCUAGGAUGUUUUUCCAGACCAAGUGAUUGGAGCUCAAUCAUUAGAAAACGAAAUGUACGUUUAACGCUCGAUGACCAAAAAUAUAAUAUUAAUUACAUUGAUCGUUGUAUAAAAUAAAAAUAUUUAAAAUAUAA